AUGGCUCCCCACACAUACCGUUUAGCAGGCGAGCAAAAAGGUGGACACUGCGCCGUGCUGCGACUGAGCGAUCAACAGGCGGCAGAGCUGGCAAGCGCGCGCGACGGGCUCAAAGUCGUGAUACGCAAGGGGCAGAUCACAGAAAUCAAGGCGGGCGGCCGACGGCUCGAGCUCUCGAGUCUGCCCGAGUAUGCGACAGAGGUGUACGGCGUGCGAAGAGACAACACGGCCGCGCAUCUCGGGCGGGUCAGAAAACGGAUGAUUGUGCGCAACUGGCGGGGUGAACAGGGCAGACUUGCUAGUCCGCACAAAAAGCGGCCGGACGUGGCAAACGAUAUUCGCCGGUUCCAGCAGACGUACAGAGAGUAUUUCCGGUUAUACAAGGAGUUGGAGCAGGAGAUGAACAGCGAGAAAUUGGAGCGUGUGGCUGUUUUGAACAAUGAGCUGCUGAGCCUGAAAGAACGGCUCAGCAAGGUGUGA